AUGGCCUCGCUCGCCGGCAGAGGCCGCGCGAAGAUACGACCGCCGCGAAGAGUAUGUCCUACCCCAUCCAUCCGUGAAGCACAAUCACGUCGCUGCGUCAGAACCAGGUCUCGCGGGUUUGUCACAUGUAAAGCCAGCGGCCUACUCAGCAGACACUCCAAACUACAGACACUGACAUGGCACCCAAAUAGGGCCUCAACGGCUCCGAUGUCGACUUUAACACCACCUGGAAAGUCCUCGAAUGCGCAUUCGGCGAGAUUCACACAAAGAACGCAUCAGCGCUAUCCUUCGAGGAGCUCUACCGGAAUGCAUACAAGAUUGUGCUGAACAAGAAGGGCGACGAACUGUACGCCAAGGUGGCACAGUUUGAGGAGCAAUGGCUUGGAGAUACCGUGCGAAAUCAGAUCGUGAAGCUGCUCUCCGCCCCUCUGCUCAUGCCCUCAGGCCUGAGCCGGUCACUGGCGAAUGCAUCGGAGCGACGAGCGGAAGGAGAACGCUUCCUCAGGUCGCUCAAGCAAGCAUGGGAAGACCAUCAGAUCUGCAUGGGCAUGCUUACAGAUGUGCUCAUGUAUAUGGUAAGCAAAUAGCAGAACUCGAGUUGCCAAUUGAUGUGACUGAUUGAAGGAAAAGGACCGCGUCUACUGCACAGACACUCGCCAGCCCUCGAUCUAUACCAAAUCAAUGUUCCUUUUCCGCGACCAGAUCCUCCGAACCGCAGUACGCCAAAACCAACCGGACCUGCUCGAAAUUGUCACUCGAAUCAUCCUCGACCAGAUUUCCAUGGACCGAGACGGCGAGGCAAUUGACAAAUUCCUCAUCAAAGCAGUCAUCUACAUGCUUGAAGGGCUACACGAGACGGAUCAAGAAGUUGAGGAAGAGAAGCUCUACCUGCGAGUAUUUGAAGAGCAAUUCUUGGAGCAGAGUCGGCAGUUCUACCAACAAGAAGGCGAGCGUCUGCUCAAGGAGUCGGACGCGGGCACAUAUUGUCAUCAUGCGAAGCGAAGGAUCGACGAGGAAUCGGAUCGGUGUAGAUCGACCCUCUCGGAGACUACGGCGCCGAAGAUCCAGAAGGUGGUAGAAGACGAACUGAUUCGGCACAAGAUGAAGGGCCUGAUUGACAUGGACAGUGGCGUGCUCUACAUGGUCGAAAACGAUAAGUUUAACGAGCUUCAUCUUGUGUUUGACCUGGAGGCGCGUGUGGACCAACAGAAGCCAGAGUUGACUCGCGCUCUGCAGCAGAUCAUCGCAGACAUGGGAGCGAAGAUCAAUGAUGCGGCCGUCACUGCUUCACAAGCCCCCGCUGUACCGCCUACUGCUGCGGAAGGUGGAGAAGAUGAAGCAGACAAGUCUAAGGGCACUUCGGCUAAGCAAAUCAACCAGCAGACUCAGGCUGCACUCGUCUGGGUGCGGGAAAUCUUGGAGCUUAAGGAUCGCUUCGACAAGAUCUGGACAGUCUCUUUUGGGAAAGACCAGGCCAUCCACACUGCGUUGACACGCAGCAUGUCUGACAACAUCAACCAAUUCAGCCGCGGCAGUGAGUACAUCUCGCUGUUCAUCGACGAGAACAUGAAGAAGGGUAUCAAAGAUAAGACGGACAAGGAGAUCGACGAGACAUUGGAGAAGGCCAUCGUUCUUCUGCGAUACCUGCAGGACAAGGAUAUGUUUGAAACCUACUACAAGAAGCACCUCUGCAAGCGGCUGCUGCUCAAGAAGAGCCAGAGCGAGGACGUCGAGAAGCAGAUGAUUGCGAGAAUGAAGAUGGAGCUUGGCAAUAGCUUCACGCUCAAGCUUGAGGCCAUGUUCAAGGACAUGUCGCUAAGUCGAGAUCUCACCACCGCCUACAAGGAGCAUGUCGCCGGUCUUGGGGAUCGGGACAUCAAGCGCGUCGAGCUCAGCGUCAACGUGCUUACAUCCAUGACUUGGCCGUUGGAGGCUUUUCGCGGCUCAUCAGAGGAAGAUCCUGAGAACAAGAUCCAGAUCAUCUUUCCCGCUGCACUGGAACGCAUCAAGACCGGCUUCGAGCGCUUUUACUCUGACAAGCACUCUGGUCGCAAGUUGGCUUGGCAGACGAGCAUGGGAGAGUGCGACAUCAAAGCCAGAUUCCCCAAGUCGACGAGGGUACACGAGAUCAGCUGCUCCACCUACGCCGCCAUCGUCCUCUUGCUCUUCAACGACCUCGCUCCCGGCCAAAAGCUCUCUCUGGAGGAAAUACAAGUCCGGACCAACAUUCCAAUGAGUGCUCUUACGCGGAACUUGCAGUCACUGGCUGUUGCACCUAAGACCCGUCUGUUGGUCAAGCAACCCAUGAGCAGGGAGGUCAACCCGGGCGACGUCUUUUCUUACAACGAGGAUUUCCAACCCAAGGCCAUCAAGUUCAAGGUCGGCGUGGUCUCUAGUGGCAACAAAGUCGAGGGAGACAAGGAGCGCAAGGAGACGGAAAAGCGCAACAACGAGAGUCGCGGUUACGUCGUCGAGGCUGCAAUCGUGCGUAUAAUGAAGUCGCGACAGAAGCUUCCUCACGCACAGCUCCUCAGCGAGGCGGUCUCAGUGCUCAAUUCGCAGUUCAAGCCGGAUGUCAACAUGAUCAAGAAGCGAAUCGAGAGCUUGAUCGAGCGUGAGUAUCUGGAGCGGAUAGAGAACGCACCGGUCCCUUCUUACAAGUACCUGGCUUGA